AUGGCUAGGAAGGCGGCUGAACAGAAGCCGGAGGACGCCGAGUUCCGAGCCCUCAUGGACUUUCAAAACCGAUCAGAAAAAGCAUGGAAAAUGUGGGAAAACCGAGCUAGAACUACGUCAACAACUACUGAAAUUCCGUCUUUUGUCUCUCUGGACUUGUCACUGGGUUCCACUUGGCCAUGGGCACACUUGGGAAUACUAGAAGAUCAAAUCAAGAAAGUUGUGGAGGAGACGGGAUACGUGACCGAAGAUAGUUUGAAAAUGGUAUCUGAGAACACAGCUCCACUACUUCUGAAUACUGGAACGCAAGACUAUGGUUACGAGUUUGUCGUGAUCGGAGCAACCGACAAAAACUACGAAUUCUUCUUCGAUGACUUCGACCGCCAAAGCGAUUGCGUGUACAACAGAGGGGGCUAUGGUAUCGACACGGUCAUCGGUCGUAUACUGCAUAACUCAACGGAUCGAGAUUUUACGCUUGCGGAGAAAAUCUUCCGAAGGGGAAAACAGGCUGAAAAAUUAAACGAGAUAAUUCAAUCGGAAAUGAGCAAAAUCUAUGCAGCGAAGACUCUCCCACUGAUUGUUGACACUUUGAAAGAGAAAAUUGGAUCAGGAAUUCUCAAGGAGUUCCAAUGUUGGGCGGUUGCACGUGAAUGGUCUUAUUUUCCUUGUCCCACUAUUGAUUAUUGGGCGUCCCCAUAUAUUGUUAGCAAUUUGGAGAGUAUUACGACACUACGCUAUUGGAACAAAGGACGUUUUUAUCAAUAUUGUCAAGAAUUCCGCUUCUUUUUCUUUGCAUAG